UCUUUUGCUCUCGACACCUCCCUUUCUCUCUCGAUCCCCUUCUCUCCCUCCCCUUCCUUCCUUCAUGUGGAACCCGGAGCUUCUGCCUUCCAAAGUGAAUAUACCUAUCACAAACAACACUUACUGCCUCACUUGGAGUUGGUACUCUCAGGAACAAGCAUCCUUUGCCUUUUUGUUCUUUUCUGGAAGAUAUUCGGUUUUUCGUCCUUGAGGCUGUUUGGACGAGCACGGAAAGAAAAAAAGAUGUUUUUUGAAGGUUAUGGUUACCAUGGAAUGUCAUUUGAGCAAACUUAUCGAUGUUAUCCAGCAUCUUUUAUUGAUAAGCCACACUUGGAAAGUGGUGACAAAAUUAUAAUGCCUCCAUCAGCUCUUGAUCGGCUUGCCUCUUUGCAUAUCGACUACCCAAUGUUGUUUGAGCUGCAUAAUCCUUCAACGGAACGAAUUUCUCAUUGUGGUGUGUUGGAGUUUAUUGCGGAGGAAGGCAUGAUCUAUAUGCCAUAUUGGAUGAUGCAAAACAUGCUUUUGCAAGAGGGAGAUACAGUGCGUGUCAAAAAUGCUACUCUCCCAAAAGGGACAUAUGUAAAGUUACAGCCACAUACUAAGGAUUUUUUGGACAUCUCAAACCCAAAAGCUAUCUUAGAAACAACACUGCGGAACUUCUCCUGUUUGACCACUGGUGACAGUAUCAUGGUUGCAUACAAUAAUAAGAAAUAUUACAUUGAUAUCAUUGAGACAAAGCCCUCUUCAGCGAUAAGUAUCAUUGAGACAGAUUGUGAAGUAGAUUUCGCGCCUCCUCUUGAUUAUAAAGAGCCGGAAAGACCAGCCCCCUCCACUGUUCCCUCAUCAAGCAACAUGCCUGCUGCAGAGCAGCAAGAACCUGUUGCGGCAGAACCAAAGUUCAGUGCAUUCACUGGUGUUGCGAGGCGCUUGGAUGGGAAACCUUUGAAGCAUUCAGUUGCACCUGCAUCUAACCCUGCCGCUGCAGGGAGCAUGCCAUCGUCUUCAAACAGUUCGCAACAAAAAGGUGGUUCCUCAACUAGGUCUACUCCAGGGAAGCUCGUGUUUGGCUCCAAUGCAGGUGCCGUCACUAAGGAAGCGAACAAGGUUACCAGAAAAGAAACCAAACCAGAGCCGCCAAAGGAAGAACCUAAAUUUCAAGCAUUCACUGGAAAAAAGUAUUCUUUGAGGGGCUAAUUUGAGUGUAUAGCAGUAUUUUGUCUUAGAACUAAAGAAAUAAAUAUGAGGAUCAUUGAAGUGAUCACUUGUAUUGUUUCCUGGUGGCUUUAUUAGUUGAGAUACUGAUGGACGGUACAAGUGUGCUUACAGAUACCAUGUUUAUAAUGUUGCUGAAGGAGUUUACAAGAGAAUAUAAUCAACCAAAAUCUCCGCCCAAUUAAAUUGUUUCUUUUUGUUUC